AUGGAAUUCGGACAGAACUUCGGCGCAGCUCCCUGCGCUAAGCGACCGCAUCAUACGACUCGUAUACCACCAUAUCGAUCUCACGUAGAAUUCUCGAAGGAUCUCUUGUUCUUCCACGUGGAGGACGGGCGCCGAAUGACCGCCAAGAGCAAGACGAAGGACCUCGCUUUUGAGACGCAGACGUGCCCGGCCGGCUGGACUGUCCAGGCCACUUGGCCUCAGGGUCGGCCCGACCUGGAGCCGGUGUCAACCGACCGAUGCACGCCGGCCCUGGUCGAGGGGCAGCCACAGUUGGGGGCUCUGCUCGCGGUGGGGUACAAGACCGGGCAGGUCGAAGUUUUCCGGUACCCGUGCCAGAACCAGGGGGCGAGGUCUGUGUCAGCCGGUGGCCACUCUACUGAGGCGGGAAGGGUACGGUUCAACGCCGACGGGACCGCUCUGAUAUCGAUCGGCUCGGACAGCCGGGUGGUCUUGCAGCACUCGGUUCUCCCCCCGCUUCCGCCAGUGUAA